CGGGGCUGCGGGAGUGAGUGGUUGAGGCGCGCGAUGGGGGAGGCGACCGUGGCCGCGGGGCCUUGCCCGCUGCGCGAGGACAGCUUCACGCGCUUCUCAUCGCAGAGCAACGUGUACGGGCUGGCGGGCGGCGCGGGCGGGCGCGGGGAGCUGCUGGCCGCCACCCUUAAAGGCAAGGUGCUGGGCUUCCGCUACCAAGACCUCCGACAGAAAAUCCGGCCGGUAGCCAAGGAGCUGCAGUUCAAUUACAUACCCGUGGAUGCCGAGAUUGUCUCCAUCGACACUUUCAACAAGUCGCCCCCAAAGCGGGGCCUGGUUGUGGGGAUCACGUUCAUCAAGGAUUCAGGGGACAAAGGCAGCCCCUUCCUUAACAUUUACUGUGACUACGAGCCUGGCUCUGAGUACAACCUUGACUCCAUUGCCCAGAGCUGCCUGAACCUGGAACUCCGGUUCACUCCUUUCCAGCUGUGCCAUGCCGAGGUCCAGGUUGGGGAUCAGCUGGAGACCGUGUUUCUCUUGAGCGGGAAUGACCCGGCCAUUCAUCUCUACAAGGAGAACGAGGGGCUGCAUCAGUUUGAGGAACAGCCCGUGGAAAAUCUCUUCCCAGAGCUCACCAACCUGACCAGUAGUGUCCUCUGGCUUGACGUCCACAACCUCCCCAGCACCUCCCGGCGACUGUCAGCCCUCGGCUGUCAGAGUGGUUACGUCCGUGUGGCCCAUGUGGACCAGCGGAGUCGAGAGGUUCUGCAGACGUGGACAGUACUGCAGGAUGGCCCUAUCUCCCGCGUGAUCGUGUUCAGCCUCUCGACCCCCGAGGAGACCAAGGGCGGGCCGCAGCGGGAGGAGUACAGCGUGCUCGUGGCCAGCAUGCUGGAGCCAGCCGUGGUGUAUCGGGACCUGCUGAGCCGGGGGCUGGAGGACCAGCUUCUCUUGCCUGGCAGUGACCAGUUUGACAGCGUCCUCUGUGGCCUGGUCACCGAUGUCGACUUGGACGGGCAGCCGGAAGUCCUGGUGGCCACCUAUGGGCAGGAGCUGCUCUGUUACAAAUACUGCGGCCCCGAGUCGGGGCUCCCCGAGGCCGAGCGCGGAUUCCGCCUGCUGUGGCAGAGGAGCUUCCCCAGCCCGCUGCUGGCCAUGGCCCACGUGGACCUGACCGGGGACGGGCUGCGGGAGCUCGCCGUGGUCUCCCUGAAGGGCGUGCACAUCCUGCAGCACAGUCUGAUUCAGGCCUCGGAGCUGGUCCUGGCGCGGCUGCGGCACCAAGUGGAGCAGAGGAGGCGUCGGACGCAAGUGCUGGGGGACAGGGUGGGCCCGGGGCCUGCUGGGACCUCAGCCUCCUGAGCACCCACCCACUGCCCACCAUUGGGGUGCUCGCCUCCAGCCCUUGCUGGGGGGGACG